CCUCAGAGGGAUGUGUGUUCUCACAGCUGCGUGUGAAACAUCUACUGCAAUAUCAAACUGAACAUUUUUUACCACAAAGCUAAAAACUCAGGCCUUGAUUAAUAACAAACAUGCAGAUGAAAUAUAAACUGGGAGGCAGUAGGACCCAGUUCAUUUCUGGUUGUAUCUUGACCACAAGUAGCUGUCAGUAAUAGCUUCCGCUUAAAACUUUAUACUUGUUUUGUGCUCUCGUGAUGUUUGCUAACCACACUCAUUGCCUCUGUCUGGUGGUCUCAAGAAACGUAUACUUGAUGUGACCAUAUUCACUGCUGGCCUCGCAACAUGGAGCAGAGGGAGAUUAUUCAGCGUUAUAUUGAUGGUUAUGAGAAGAAGAGAACAAAGUCGGAAGAGUUUGCCAAUGAUUUCAUGAAUCUGAAACGACAAUCUGCAAAGUAUAAGACUGAUAACAACUACACUACAGUGGCAGCAGAAAGACCAGAGAACUUCAAGAAGAAUCGAUACAAAGACAUCUUCCCGUUUGACCACAGUCGCGUUGAACUGUCUCUGAUCACCUCAGAUGAAGAAACUGAUUAUAUCAAUGCCAGUUUUAUUAAGGGUGUAUAUGGUCCCAGGGCAUAUAUUGCCACUCAAGGCCCCCUGGCAAACACUGUUGUAGAUUUCUGGAGAAUGAUUUGGGAAUACAAUAUUGGGAUUAUUGUUAUGGCCUGUAUGGAGUUUGAAAUGGGGAAGAAAAAGUGUGAGCGAUACUGGGCAGAAGUAGGGUGUGAAGUGUUACCGUGUGGACCAUUUUCUAUUACAUGUACUAAGGAAGAGAAGAAGACAGACUAUGUUAUCAGGCUGUUGGCAGUCACUUAUGGGAAUGAAAUACGAAUAGUUCAUCAGAUUCAUUACAAGAACUGGCCGGAUCAUGAUGUCCCCUCUUCUGUAAAGUACAUUUUAGAAAUGAUACAAGACAUUCGUCUUCUCCAGAGAGAUGAUACUCCACCAUUAUGUAUCCACUGCAGUGCUGGCUGUGGGCGGACUGGCGUCAUUUGUGCAAUUGAUUAUGUAUGGAGACUUCUAAAAGAUCAGAUUAUCCCAGUUAAUUUUAGCAUUUAUUCCAUUAUCCAAGAAAUGAGAACACAAAGAUCUUCACUGGUCCAGACCAAGGAACAGUAUGAACUUGUCUAUAAUGCAGUGAUCUAUCUAUUCAAGAAAGAACUUAAAAAGAUAAAUGGGUUAUCAGGCUCUGAGGAGGAUAUGACAUUCAAGAAUGCACCACAUCCACAAGGCGCUGACAGAGGAUUAAUAAAUCUUCCCAGAGGUUUUACAGGACAGAUAAGAGAAGAUAUUCACCAAUGGACUGGAGGCUCAUCUGCAGCAGCCUGUAAUUCUGGGACAGAUUUUACAAUAUUUGAACCAUUAACACCAUCAAAGAUGUAUAAAAAUCGUGGCAAUACAGAGGAAAACAUCCUCAAAAGCCAAACACAGAACAGAAUUGAUCAAUGUUUUGAUGUACCCCACCCUUUACCAAGGACACACUAUGGCAAGCAUUCCCAAAAUGUAACAUGUGAUGAUAACUUAAAUGCCAAACGUUCUGCCGCAGAAAGAAAGAUGAAUAGUGGACAUACACCAUUAACACGAACCAAAUCUACUCCCUUUGAACUGCACCAACGUAGACAGUCCUGUAUACUGGCAAAUACUUCAAAAGAGACAGAUAUGUACCAGGAUGAAUUCGAUGUUUUAUCUCUUAUGAAGCAGGGACCCAAUUUGACAAGCUCCUUAGGCAACUUAAAUACUGUUCAUAGCAGUCAUAUAUAUAUUCGUUUGACAGAAGACCCUUAUUUUUCACCAACUCUAUCUUCUGACCCUGGCUCACCCAAAUUUGCAGAUUUUUGUUUAGAGGCUAUUUGUCCUGAAAUUACUAAUUCACAAGUCAGCGGUAAGCAGAAUGCUGGCUCACUAAUGUCUGAAUCACAUCAUUUGGGCCACAUGAAUGAACCUGACAUACAAAGACCACUGGAAGGGGCUGAUGUUCCUCGGUUCAGCAACCUAAAUGGCAAGAGUGAUGAUAGUCCUCCUCCACUGCCAGAACGUACACCGGAGUCCUUCAUAGUUCCUGAUGAGCAAAGUGAGCAAUGCAUAGUACUACCUUUCAUACUGUUUUCAGGAACUGAGCAAUCACAGGACUCUUCUAAGUUGCAGCCUGUCCUGCAAUCAAGAAUUGGCAUGUCGCUGGAGUGGGGUGGUGUGUCCCAACGUAAGAUUGAUGACUUCAGGCACAUGGCACGCAGCAAGAGUGUAAAAGUGAGGGGAUCAAAGUUGGAAAAAAUCCAGAAUAGAUCACCUUCUCCGCCUCCCCUACCAGAAAGAACUGAGGAGUCCUAUAUUAUUGCAGAUGAAGCUUGCUAUGCAGAAAGCAUUGUUCCUGAAAUCCCUGGGCCCUUGCAUCUCACCGAAAGAGAAAUCAGUGGCUGUGUGCCACCUUCAGCACCUGAACAAGAGAUCACCAGAAAAAAGAGUAUGAAAAUAUUGAGAAACAUGAAAAAAAAUGUUUGCAGUGUGGCUAAAACUGAAUCUGCAUCUUCUGGAUCAAGUAGUCCUCUUUCAUUUUUACACUUUGGUUUUGGGAAACGAUUUGCAAAGCCAAAGGGGCCUAGGAAACCGCCAGCAACUUGGAACAUAUAAAACCAUCUGCACAUUUACAGUAUAAUAAUAGUUUAAAAAGAUAUUGUUGACCCUAUUUAUUAUGAUCCUGUGACAUUAUUCCUGACAUCUCACCUUCAUCCCUUAGAACUGUUGUGUGCCAUGUCAUACAUUUUGUCCAACGGAGACAUGUUAUGUUACACAUUAAACGUGACAAAAAUGUUCACAACUUUAUGCUACUUGGUAUUGAGGAUGAAACCUUCAAGUACUUUUUACCCAUGAACUGUAUUGCCAAAUGUGGACACCGGAUUGUAAGUUGUUUUAACUUAAAGCAGCUCUGUCACCCAGAGGCAUAUAACCUAGUAGAGUUGAUGACGCUCAUUAAAACGAUACCUGUCUUAUAUCUGUCGGUGGUAUCGUUGCAGAGAAACAUUUACAUUCAAAAUUAUCCAAACUAUUCGAGCACCAGGAGACAGGCUUAUAUGGUUUGAGCACUGCUCCAGAGACGCCCUUGGUGCUCCAUAAUGACGCGCAUCUGCUUUUCAUCAUGCCCCCCUUCCUUUAGAUUGACGGCGCUAGACUGCACUCAUGUCCAGAAUAUGCGCACAGUAUCUUUACUCGUCAGGAUGAAGCUGAAGAUGUUGUGCGCAUGCGCCGUUUUAGACAUGACCACGGUCUAGUCUAAAGUCAAAGGGGCAUCAUUAUGGAGCACCAGGGGCGUCACUGGAGUGGUGCUCGAACCGCAAAAGUCCACCUCCCGGUGCUCAAAUAGUUUAUUUGCAUGAUUUUUAAUUCAUUUUUCUCAGCAACUACACCACCAACAGACCUAAGACAGGAACCAUUUUAAUCUGCGUCAUCAACCCUACCAGGCUAUAUGCCUCUGGGUGACAGUCGCUUUAAAGAAGUUGCCAUUAAUGUAAAAAAUGAAAAUCAAAAAUAAAGAAGAUGAAAAAAAAUUGUUGAAUGAAUAAUACAAUAAACCAUGUUAACGGGAAUCUGUCAUCAGAUACAUUGACUAUAAAUCCAUCUUCUGUGGGAGAUGUGCGCUGCUAACUACAGUACAAUCUCCAAAUGUGCCCCCAAUGUGGAGAAAUCAGUCUUUGAUUUUUAUGCAGAUUAGCCCCUGGGUACAACGAAGGCAUGGUCAUUGCUCCUCGUUGCACCCAGAGACUAUGCUCACUUACCUUGAUGUUCACACCCUCACCACUUUGACUGACAGGGGCCGGAAGUUUUGUGGUAGCAUAUUCAAGGCACAUUCGCCAACCCUGUACUGCUCAUGUGUCGAAUGUAAUGCCUUGAGACUUCAGGGCCAGACGUGAAUAUGUCUUCACCUCCUGGCUUUGUCAGUCAAAGUGGUGGAGGCGUGGACAUCAAGACAAGUGAGCGGAGCCUCUGGGUGCAAUGGGGUGCAAUGCCCGUUGGUUAGCAGCCCACAUCUUCUAUGACAAAUAAAUUUAUAUCAAGGCAACUGAUGACAGAAUCCCUUUAAGCAUAUACAUUAUAGGAACAGUACAGGACGGUAACAUGCAUCUGUUCAUAAGAAAAAGUUUCAUGCAACUACACAGCGAGAACUGCAGUCAGAAAGAAAUCUUAGUACAUUCCAAAUGUUAUUGUGUCAGCUAUGCUCAUCUGUCAUAAAUAGUGUAUAAUAGAUAUUAUUGAGCCGAAAGCAUACACAUGGCACAGACUAGAAAUGCACACACAAUACCACACAAAUUUAGGGCUCCACAGCCUAAAGAUUGCAGGUUACUAUGACCAUAGUACAUUAUCCUAUGGGGGAAAAGACACAUAAAAUCAUGAAGACGGCACUAAGUGGUGCACAGUGCAAAUAUAUUUUCAUGGCUUCCAUGGCAAUGUAUUGUAAAUGUAUACAUUCCUUCACACUGGGCGCCCCCUAGUGGUGGCUUCAGGCAGACAGCUUUAUAAUAUAAAGCUACAGACAUACGUAGAUAUGUGCAAGGAAAUGUAUCAAUGUAGUUCAAGGUGAACAACAUAUUUAUAAAGCACUUGUUUCAUUUUAUUCAACAUAGACAUCGGAUAAAGUGGGUAAGGCGGAGGAGGAAUUUUUUCAUGUAAAUAUUUUUCUGAUUUCUUCCGAAAUCUGGGGGCCUUGUAAGGUUUGUGUAUGCCCCUGGAGUAACCCAUGAUUCUACCAUGACGAAUGUGCAAACAGAAGUCACCGUAAAGCCGUAGUCUUAAAAUCCAUGCAUUUUGAAAAAAAAUCUGAAAUGAUCCUGAAGGAGGAUGCUUUGUAUAAAUUCCUUAAUACGGCAAUAGUGUUUUUAAAUCCUGACAACCCCUUUCAUUGAAAUGAAAUAUAUUACAUUCCUAAGUAUAAAAACAGGGAUUCUAGAAGCAUUUUCUUUCAGUUUAAUGUUUUACAUUUUAUUUUAAAUGGUGAUGGGCAUGUAAUUGGAGAUGCCUAAUUAUACAAGGUUAUUUGAAAAAGAGGUUUCCCUUUUUUACAUUUUUUUAUUGUAUGAAUAUUUGGAAGGUCGAGUUAAUAAAUAUUUAUAUUGGUUGUA